AUGACAUUUGGUGGCACUGCUUCAAAUCGAAAUGACAUUGGUAGGGGUCCAUCUGGCCAAAGUGGAUUUGAUGUGAAUGCAGUAAAUGGAUUGGGUGGCUCGAAAUCUGCUGCCAGUGAAACAGAUAAUACCAACCCAAAAAGUAGGGCUGGAUUUAGUAGCAGUAUCUCUGGAAAUUUGGGAUUUGGUUUGGGGGCAUCUGAUCAGAAGGGAUUGGGCAUUGGUAGAGCUGACCGGAGUGAAAUAAGCAGCAGAGGAUCUGCCGGGGGUGAAUCAAUCGAUUUUGGAUUUGAUGUCCAUAGCCCAGGUGAUACCAGUUUGAGAAAUCGGAAUACAUUUGCUGGUGACAGCUCUGGAAAAUCAGAAAUCAAUGUAGGGGUUUCUGGUCAACAGGGCUUUGGAAUCAAUGAAAUUGGAGGGACUAGAAUGAGAGGCAGUGGAUCUGCUGGGGCUGGAUUCAAAGACUUUGGAUCUGAUGCUGGUAGCUCAGGCAAUAUCAGUGCAAGAAUUGGGGAUAAUUUUGUUGAUGGGAUAUCAGAAAAUUUGAGUUAUGGUUUUGAGAAAUUUGGUCAAAAGGAAUUUGAAAGCAGUGGAUCUUAUCAGAGUGAUAAGAGCAGCAGGGAAUCUGAUGCCAGUGGCUCAGUGGAAAAGUCCUCAUCGUUUGAUUUGAGACAUGGAGAAAGGAAACGUGAAGCUAAAUUUGAUUUUGGAGAUUCUGGUUCAAAUCGAUUUGAUGACACUGGCCUUAGUAAAAAUGUAAUAAAAGGUGUUACAAGCUCCUCUGACAGCAGUACCUCUGGACCAUUCAGUACUCCAGAAAAAGGAUCCAAUAUUCCAGAAGCCAUUCCGAAGUACUCAGAAGUGAGCCCAGUUAUUGGUGAAGCUACUACUUGGGGCAAAGGAAUAUAUAAAGCUUUCAAUGGCCGCAUCUUUUCCUUUGAGUCUUCCUGCUCAUACACUUUCUGCCAUCACUGCGUUGAAUCUGGAGGAGAUUUCAAUAUUGAGAUCAAACGAAAGAGUAAUGGUGACUUUGAAAAAAUAGCAGUUGAAAUCGAUAAUAAUGAGGUCUCUGUUUCUGGUGAUCGCAUUCUAGUUAAUGAAGAAAGAGUGCAGAUACCAUAUGACAAUAAACUGAUACAUAUUAAAAAAUAUGGAGAACAUUAUGUCCUGAAAAGUCGUAGAGGAAUCCUGUCUUUGAUGUGGGGCAAAAAUAAACUCUCACUUACUCUUCACAAGCAAUAUCCAACUUGUGGUCUUUGUGGUAACUUCAACAGCACUCCAGGAGACAACAUCAAUGAGCACAUUGCCAGUAGUAAAAUUCCUGGAGAUUGUCCCAAAGCUUUUAGUAAAAGCUAUGAGAUUUGUGAAGAUGGUGUAGAGUACUGUGACAAAAUUAUUGGGACUUACUUUGAGAAAUGUAGAAAGGUCGCCGCUUUUUCCGAUGACUACAGAAUGAUUUGCGUUAAUGACUACUGCCAAAAUCCAGGCAAAAAUUCUACAUGUGACACUUACUCAGAGUUGUCCCGCCUCUGUGCCUCAGAUGGUCCCGGCAUCUACGAAUCCUGGCGAGAUGAUUCUGAUGUGACUUGUGGAAAACCUAGAUGCCCAGAAAAACAUAUCUACAAAGAAUGCGGUCCCUCAAAUCCUGCAACUUGUUCUAAUGUGGCUCCUUUUCAAGAUAGUGAAUGUGUGAAUGGCUGCUUCUGCCCAGAAGGUUAUCUAUUGGAUGAUAUUGGAGAAAAAGGGGGAUGUAUAUUAAAGACUGAAUGUCCCUGUAGCUUACAUGGAAAGAUCUAUAAGUCAGGGGAGGUCCGAAGAGGUCCUUGUGGUUCUCAGUGCACAUGCCAGAAUGCUAAGUGGUCUUGUACGGAAGCAUUAUGUCCUGGAAGAUGUAAGGUGGAAGGAAAUUCAGUCACCACCUUUGAUGGUAUUAAAUACUACCAUCCUGGAAACUGUCACUUCUUGGCCAUCCACCAUAAAGACUGGUCUGUUAGUGUUGAACUUCGUCCUUGUCCAAGUGGCCAGUCAGGAACGUGCUUAAAUAGUGUUACACUCCUCUUAAAUUCGCCUAUUUCAGGUAACAAGUAUGUAUUCAGUAGGAAUGGAACAAUCACAAACAAUGGGAUUGAAUAUACAAAUCAAAGUUAUGAUGAUUCAGGGGAAGUAUAUGUCUUCAAAGCAUCUUCCUCAUACCUUCAAGUAGAAACAAACUUUGGUGUAAAAAUGCAAAUACAAAUUGCUCCUGCGAUGCAGUUGUAUGUUUCAGUGCCACCUAACAGUUUCACAGAUACUGUAGGACUCUGUGGUUCCUUCAACAACAAAGUAGAGGAUGAUUUAAUGUCAAGUCAGAAUAUACUGGAGAAGACACCUCAGGCAUUUGCUGAUUCUUGGGAAAUGAUGCCCUGUCCUAAAGGAAAACCCACUUCCUGCAUCAGUAUAGAAAAAGAAAAAUUUGCUGAAAAGCAUUGUGGAAUUUUUCUUGAUUCAGACGGGCCUUUUGCUUCCUGCCAUCCAGUUGUGAACGCUAAACCAUAUUAUGAGGAAUGCAAAAGGUACACUUGUACUUGUGAAAACAGUGAAGACUGCCUGUGUACGGUUUUUGGCAACUAUGUGAAAGCAUGUGCUGAGAAAGAAGUAUACAUGGUGGGAUGGAGAACCGGACUGUGUGAUUCCUCUUGUCCAAGUGACCUCGUUUUCAAGUACAAUAUAAAAGCCUGCAAUAAAACUUGCCGAUUAUUGUCAGAGAGAUAUAGAAGCUGUGAUAUAGAAGAUGUUCCAUUUGAUGGAUGCACUUGCCCUGAUGGAAUGUACCAGAAUAAUGAAGGGAAUUGUGUUCCAAAAUCUCAGUGUGACUGCUACAUAAAUGGCAAGGUCAUUCAACCAGGCAAACUCAUCAAUAUUAAUAACAACAGAUGUGUCUGUCGGGAUGGAAGUUUUCUUUGCCAGACUCCUAUUAGUUCAGCCCAACAGAAUUGUUCUGGAGGGGCUGAAUAUGUUGACUGCAGGGGCCCGAGGGCACGGAGAAGAGUUGACAGUAAAUGUGGUGCUUGGAACAUGCCUGGUUUUGAUGAGAACUUGCCUUGCAAAGCUGGGUGCUACUGUCCAGUAGGCAUGGUUCGAAAUUCUAAAGGGAACUGCGUCUUUCCUGAAGACUGCCCAUGUUCUUUUGGUGGAGGGGAGUAUGAACAAGGAAGUGUUACCUCAGUUGGCUGCAACAACUGUACUUGCGUAAAAGGAUCUUGGAGCUGUACACAAAAUAAAUGUCAAACCGUCUGCCACAUCUAUGGGGAAGGUCAUGUUAGAACUUUUGAUGGAAAAAGUUACAGCUUUGAUGGUCUCUGCCAAUAUUCAUUUGCUGAGGAUUAUUGCGGUCGGGAAAGUGGCACAUUCCGUAUUUUAACUGAAAGCGUCCCAUGCUGUGAAAAUGGGCUUACGUGCUCAAGAAAAAUCAUAGUUGCUUUUCAGGAUCAGAAUGUUGUCUUGCAUGAUGGUAAAGUAACAGCCUCCAAAAUUACAGAAAGUAAGGACUGUGGGCUCACUGAAAAUACAUAUUCCGUACAUACCGUUGGCCUGUACCUGAUUCUAAAAUUUUUAAAUGGGAUAACCAUAAUUUGGGACAAGAAUACAAGAGUUUCUGCUAUACUGGAUCCUCGCUGGCAUGGCAAAGUGUGUGGUCUUUGUGGAAACAACAAUGGUGAUCUCAAGGAUGAUUUCAUAACAAGGCAUUCAUCAGAAGCUAUUGGAGCACUGGAAUUUGGAAAUAGUUGGAAAACAAGUCAAAAAUGUGCAGACACAGCAGCACAAUAUUUCCCAUGUGACUCAAACCCAUACUGUAAAGCCUGGGCUGUGCAGAAAUGUGGGAUCAUCCGGGACAGCAUCUUCAAAGAAUGCCACCACAAGGUGGACCCCGAAGCUUACCUAGAAGCAUGUAUUGAAGAAGCCUGCUCAUGUGACAUGGAGGGGAAGUAUUUGGGAUUCUGCACAGCUGUGGCCAUGUAUGCAGAGGCAUGCAGUGCAGUUGGAGUCUGUGUCACAUGGAGAAAACCAGAUCUCUGUCCUGUUUUCUGUGAUUAUUAUAAUGGACCCGGCGAAUGCAGUUGGCGCUAUGAACCUUGUGGUACAGUAACCACAAAAACAUGCAGAGAUCGAGUUAUUGGCCAGAAAUUUUCUGCAGUUUUAGAAGGUUGUUAUGCUAAGUGCCCGGAUAAUGCUCCUUAUCUGGAUGAGAACCUCAUGAAAUGUGUCCGUUUAUCUGAGUGCAGCUGUUUCUAUAACGAUAUCGUACCAGCAGGUGGAGUGAUUCAGGAUGACUGUGGGAGAACAUGCUAUUGUAUCGCAGGAGAAUUGGAGUGCAGUAGUGAUGCUUCUUCUGCAAAUUCGACACUCACAGCAAUUACAUCAGUAACCAGUAGCACAGGCUCAGCAGCUUCCACUCCAGUGCUUACAAGAUCAAGCAGUGAAACAAUAGGAGGAACCGGCAGCCCAACUGCAGCCGCCAGAGAAGGGACCCCGGAAGGUACAGAGGGCUUCACCAUAGCCGCAGGGAGUGAGAAGACAAGUGGAGAUUCAGCUGGCCCAGGCACAACCUUGGGAGACAGAGCAGGAACAGCUCGAGGUCUCCAGACUGAACGUUCUACUACAGGUGAUGCUGGACGUCCGGUUUCCACGACCCUCAAUGCUGGCAGCCUAGGCAGCACUGGAGCGGGCCCCGCCUUCACCAGUAGCCCUGGCCACACACCAGUCCCAUCUGCCCGUGGCCUCGCUCAGGCGGUCCACGUGUGCCACCUAACACCCGCGGUUGUCCAACGUAGCUCAUCUUCCUCAAAGCCGGAGAUUUCAAAGAAUGGUUGCCAGACCAACAGCAUCCCCCUCUCCAGGGAUCUUUGCAGAAAUGCCAGUGUUCCGGCCCCCGAGCCUCGCAACAGACACUGUGCCAGAGGGGCCCAGCAAAUGGUCGGAACAGGCAGUCGAAGGCCGCGAAGCCUGUCACCGUUGAGACCAUUUCCAGACUUUCGCCAGGUCCCCCCGACGAACCCUUUGUCGAUAGCCCACCACAGGGGACUUCCCGAAACUCAGCCUGACACCCCGUCUCCCUCCACGUCUUCAAAGCCCUCCGGAGUUCUGGUCGCUUUCAGCAGGAACCGAAAGUCCAUCCCGGACCAUGAGGAAGAACCGGCAGCCCGACUGCAGCCGCCAGAGAAGGGACCCCGGAAGGUACAGAGGGCUUCACUACAGCCGCAGGGAGUGAGAAGACAAGUGGAGAUUCAGCUGGCCCAGGCACAACCUUGGGAGACAGAGCAGGUAUGGAAAUACAAGAUGGAAAGCAUCUGCUUCCUGACGUGCGGCAAGCUGCCGGUGGCUUCUGAGGGAGGGGACCCUAGCCAGCUCGUACUGCCCGUCCUCCUGGGCGGCCCCCUGUCCUGGUUUGUGUGGGCUUCUUCUCGGCAGUGUUUCUCGAGCCUCCACGCAGACGUGAUGGAUAGUGGAGCGGCGUGUGGUCAGACUCUCCAGAUUCCGGCCUCUGGGCUUCUGAGCCUGAGUCUGGAUGGGCAUGGGGUCAUGCUUUAG